UUCAGUCUUAUUAAAAAACUAAUCUUUACUUACUAUUUUUUCAGCUGGAGCAGAUUCUCAAUCCACUACCAUCUUUACGUCCCUUACCUCAACUCCUUCAGAAACAAAGACCAUCACAACUCCAGGUCCUACAUCUGAGACUUCAAAACCAGACAUAGUAACCGCUACAAGACCUCUAAACUCAACCUCAACAACUGGCAUCGCAACCACUUCAACUCCUCUGACCACCUCCAAGUCAGCAAGCACAAAACCCCCAACUGCAGUGUGCCAGAAUGGAGGAAUCUAUGACGGAAUUAGGUGCAUUUGUCCGGUGAACUUUUAUGGCUCUGUGUGUGAGUUUAUGACGGACAGAGUUCCUAUUGAUCGGGUGACUGUCCCAGUGAAAGUUACACUGAGGAUCCUCAACAGAGAUUUUACUCCCAGCCUGACCGAUACAACAAGUGUUGAGUAUAUGGAGUUUGAGAAGCAAUUCAGGGCAGAGGUGUUGACAGUCUACUCCAAAAUCAUUGGGUUCAAAGACAUAAAAAUAGAGUCUCUUAGGGCGGGCAGCAUCAUUGUGGAUCACAAUGUGAUUGUGGAAGCUGAAAACAAUGGAAAUAUCACUCUGACUGAUUUGUACAAUACAAUAUUUCAAGAAGUAGAAAAUGCCCUUCAGAAGCUGCAGUCGAACAAAUGCUCAGAAGAUUCCUUUUGUAUGGGUGAAUCGAAUAUAAUCACACGUCCUCCACCAACAGGAGAAGAAUUCUGCAGAGAGGUCAUUGAACCGGGAUACUGGGAAUUUUACUCUCCAAUAUUCACUUCCAAUGGCCUGUUCUGUGUAUCUCAGUGUAGUGUCGAGUCACCCCAAUAUCUGAAUUGUAAUGGUGGAGACUGUAUUAUGUCACGGAGAGGCCCAAAGUGCUUGUGCCCAAGCACAGACAUAUAUAUGUACAUAUACGCUCAAUGCAACGGAAAGGUACAUAAAGCAGUCCUGUACGGUGGAGUUGGAGCCACACUGGCCGUUUUGUUGAUUCUUAUUGUUACUCUUGGAAUCUUGCUUUGUAAAUCCAGGAAGCGUACGAGAAUCCCAAGGAAUGUGUAUGAGAAUAUGUCUUAAUAUGUUGAAUUAUCUCGGCAUCAAUCUACAUACAUCCCAUUGUCUUUCAUACUAACUAACUGUUUCGAUUUGUUGCAAGGCAAACCCAAGUUAUCGAUCUAAAAUGGCCUGGGCUUAUCCGAAAUCAUGUUCUAAACCAUAAUCUGUAUUUCUAUGUAUUUGGUUUACCUCUGUAGCAUGCAUGGUCUUGGGGGCAGAACCUUAUAGGAGACAAAUUGAGGCCCAUUUAUUAAAGGCGAAUUUUAAUGGUGUUUGAACUUUUUGAAACUCUAUUUCUCUAAAUUCAUGAAUGUCAUGAAAGUUAUUAAAUUAUUAUUAUCAGAAUUUAAAAAGUAUGAACGGAAAAGUGCUGAAUGAUCCAAAAAAAAAUCUGAAUAUCUCAAAAACCUAAAAAUAAUUCAAUUUUUUUUGACAAUUAUAAGUGAAAAAAUAUCCAAUAGUAUCAGCACAGCUCCCAUUGUUUUUCGUGGUUUUUACACUUCAUAAAUCGCAUCCCCCUUUAUGUGAUUAAAAAAUACCAAUAACAUGUUUGCUUUUAAACCAGUAAAUCCUACCUGCUGGUUGGUCGCUAUGGGUUACUGCUCCUGGGCAAACGUAGAGCCUUUUAUUACAUAACCCCCUUAGUAAAAAAAUAAUAAUUCAUGAUUAAUGAAGAAAAGGAAAGCCAAAUGUUAGUAAAGCUGCUGCAUUGUGUGAAAACCAAGAAUGUACCAAUGCAUUAUGCUCUUUUAAAUAACGAAGGAAUAACCCUACUAGUCCUGCCAAUUUGUUUAAUUUUCUGCUGCCUCCUUUCCUAGGCUGUGCUGGGGAGUCGAUGGCACUCAGCAUGCUGCAAGUAGGACAGGAACCAAUCAGCAAGCUAGGCUGACCUGAUAGGGAACUGAAUCAUUUGGUAGCUUGUGUGACUGCAUGGCUGUGAUUGGCUGCCCCCUUCCUACUGUGCUUCUGGCAGGGACCAUUAAGACACGCCUACCCCUCAUUUAAAACACAUCCAGGGACUGUAGCAGAUCUAUAGGGAGCUUUAAUAAAGGGGCCAUUUUUGAACAUAAUAUACAUUUUUAGGCCAAAACCAGCACCAUAUAGUAUUCAUUAUUGCAUACAAUAUUAGGGGUUUUUCAGUUAUCCUAUAUGUCUCCUUUAAGCUCAAAUCUGUACCUAUAUGCCUUCCAUUUUUCCAUGAACAUAUCAAGCUAUAAUGAGUUUGUAAACAAAUAAUAAUGGAAAUAACUAAUAUUCAUGACCCUACAUCAGAACUCACAGUUAAAGGGCUUGUUGACCUUUAAAUCAACUUUUAGUAUGAUGUAGAGUGUGAUAUUCUGAGACAAUAUGCAAUUGGUUUAUAGCAGUUUGGUUGCUAAAAAAAGACUAGAAACACUACUUUCUGCAUCUGUAGAGACCCAUAGGGUUCACUUCCCUACUUGGCUUAGAAAACCCCGUUAGGCUUUCCCCUCGAAUUUUGUUUAGGAAAGCCUGGUACCUGUAACUUGGGUACCUGGGAGAAAUUUGUUCGCUAUAGGCCUGGCUGGGUGAUUUGAAGCCCCAGGUCUCUUCCUUUUUGUCCUCCACCUACUGACCAAGGUGGAUGUCUGCUGGGGAGUCUGGGACAACAAGGCUCCAAAGGGACAAACCAUUUGGAGGAGUCGGAGAACAAGAACAAGAUUUAGACAACAACUAGAGUAGCUCUAUCACAGGAGAUAGUUGGAGGCAGCACUUCCUAGUCAAUACUGGCCUUAUAAUGGAGGGACCACAGUUGGGAAAGAUAUCAGUCUAUUAUUCCCUAAAUAUUCCUGCUGGAGGGGACUCAUGCCAUUUGCUGGUAGUCCUAAAGUUUUAACUGAAAACCUGCCAGACCAUCUCCCCAGUGUUGCAAUCAUUAUGCUCUGUGCGUGAUUUAUUAUUGCAGUUCAUCUGCCUCAAUUGAUGCUGUGUGUAUUAACCCUGUUGUGUUUUGCAAAUAAACCUUUUGGUCAUGA